AAUAGCCUCUGAAAACUACAGCUGCCAUUCUUACCCAUAAGCAGGGCAGAGCUCUCCAUUCUCUUAUAUAAAUACACCAUCUCUCGAUCAUCUUCCAAACUCAGAGGAAACUAUCAACCAUCAGCAAUGGCCUCUACCCUUCCUCCCCUCUCUCUACCCUUCCUCCCUCUUCUCAUACUCUCCACCUCCUUCGCUUCGGCAGCCGGUAACUUCAACCAAGACGUCGAUAUCACCUGGGGCGACGGCCGUGGAAAGAUACUCAACAAUGGCGAGCUCCUCACCCUCUCCCUCGAUAAGUCUUCCGGUUCUGGCUUCCAGUCUAAGAACGAGUUUCUCUUCGGUAGGAUUGAUAUGCAGAUCAAGCUUGUUGCAGGCAAUUCCGCCGGCACUGUUACUGCUUACUAUUUAUCGUCGCAAGGAGAAGCGCAUGAUGAGAUUGAUUUUGAGUUCCUCGGCAAUCUCAGCGGCGAUCCGUAUAUAGUACAUACGAACGUUUACACGCAGGGGAAGGGGAACAGAGAGAUGCAGUUUUUCCUCUGGUUUGAUCCUACCAAAGAUUUCCACAACUAUUCCAUCCUUUGGAAUCCCAGCCACAUUGUAUUCUACGUGGAUGGAUCGCCCAUUAGAGAAUUCAAGAAUCUGGCGGCUACCAAAGGGAUUCCUUACCCGAACAAUCAGGCGAUGAGAUUGUAUUCAAGUCUGUGGGAUGCAGAGGACUGGGCUACCAGAGGAGGGCUGGUGAAGACUGACUGGAGCCAAGCUCCAUUCAUGGCGGCGUUCAGGAACUUGAACGCUGACGGCUGCGUUCAGGGUCCGCUCGCUUCUUCCUCCUGUGGCUCGAAAGCAUGGAUGAAUCAAGCGCUGGACGCGCAGAGCUUGAAGAGAAUGAAUUGGGUGCAGAAAAAUUAUAUGGUUUAUAAUUACUGUACUGAUUUGAAGAGGUUUCCGCAGGGGCUUCCACCUGAGUGCUCUGCAAACUAGAAAGGGAGGUUUUUUGGAUGGAGGGAUGGUGAUUUGAGUUUGUAAAUAGUAAAGGUGAUUGUUUUGAUGGGAAGUCAAUAAUCAUUGGUGUUUGGUUUGUUUUUAAUCAUACUAGAUGUUUGUUUGCCUUUUGGAUUUAUCUUGUUUAUUGUAAUUUUUUUUUUAUUAUACCGCUA